AUGACUAGAAAAGUGAAAACUGAAAUCAUUGAUGCAGAGAGAAUAUGUAACAGUGAGAGUAUCUUAGUUGUUAGAAUUAAUGAAGUCUUCAUUGACAACAGGUUUACAGAUGCUACCACAUUCAAUGUAACACUUUGA